GACGCCUCCUCGCCACGAAUCCGCACUGAGCACUGCCAGCAGCCAGUGCUGAGUACAUUCUGGAUUGGUUAAUACCCUGAACUACUUCUCCCAACGCACCGCAGCAUCUACAGCGCUCAACGAACGGAGGAUGGGCCAGCAAGCCACAACUCUCCGUCGAAACACGUCGUUCCGAGCCGACGGAGAGCGGGCACCGAGACCUCCGUAGAUUGCAGUGGUCCCCGACCUUUCUGUUCCGGGCCUCGCUCUCCGUCAUAAACCUCAAUGACUCGCGAGGCUGCGCGGAAUCCCUCCAGACAUGUCUCCGGCGGCACAACUGGUGUCCCGCUACAGCACGGCGGCCUGCCGUCGCACCGAGCCUGCUCAUCUUUGCAGGACCAGGUCCGUCCGCGGAACGUUAUGGCGACACCCUUCGGUCGCCUACCUGUGUGUUCUUGAGGAUCACCCUGCGGGAGCAGCUCUUGCAAUAUGUCUCACACUGCGAUGAGCUCAAACGGCUUUCUGGACGACCAUGCCACGAUCAACUCCGUCCAGCUCGAACAACUCAACUCUGCCAAGACUCUGCCCGAAGAGAGGGCCGACGCUGAGGCAGACAUCUUACAACCACUCGACAACAUACCCGACGGCGGAUCGCGCGCAUGGUGUGCUACUAUUGGCGGGGCGCUGGUAUCCUUCUGCACGUUCGGCUAUGCGAGUUCAUUUGGUGUCUACCAAGACUACUACGUGCUCGCAGGCACCUCGACGUCGUCCAACAUCAGCUGGAUAGGCUCCUUGCAGCUGUUCCUCAUCUUCUUCGUGGGUUUCCCCGCUGGUCGACUCUUCGACGCGGGCUACUUCCACUCCGAGGUCCUCCUCGGGAGCAUUCUAUACCUCUUCUGUCUCUUCAUGCUCUCCUUAGCCGACCCGACAAAAUACUACCAAAUCCUCCUCGCCCAAGGUAUCGGCAUGGGUAUCGGCGGCGGGUUCAUGCUCGUCCCCGCGCUCUCGCUCCAAGGGCACUACUGGAAGAAGCGACGGAGCAUGGCGCUCGGCCUCGUCGUCACCGGCUCAGGUUGCGGCGGCAUCAUCUACCCGAUCAUGCUGAACCGCCUGAUCAGCGGGAACAGCGCGAUAGGAUUCGCGUGGGGCGUGCGCGCGUCGGGGUUCUUGACGCUUGGGUUGCUGGUAAUCGCGCAGCUCUUGAUGCGGGCGAGGGUGCCCGGAGCGAAGGAGCGGGGAGAGCAGCCGAAGCCGAACGUUUGGGGCGCGUUGAGGGACCCGUCGUUCGUGUUCACAGUGUUUGGAGUGUUCCUAGUGUACUGGGGACUCUUCAUGCCUUAUUUCUACCUCCAACUCUGGCUCAACCUACACGGGCUCUCAAGCACCCUCGCAUUCUACACGAUCGCCAUCCUGAACGCAGCCUCCGUCCCGGGGCGGGUCAUCCCGAAUACGCUGGCCGACUACUUCGGGGCCCUGAACGUUGUGAUCCCCGUCUCCUUCAUCAUGGGCGCGCUCGUGUUCGUCAUGUUCGGCGUGACGAACACCGCCGCGGUCGUCGUCUUCUCCAUCUUGUACGGGUUCUUCUCGGGUGCAUAUAUCGCGCUCGUGCCGAGUGUGUUCGCGGUGCUGGCGAGUAAACCUGAAGAGCUUGGGAUCCGAAUGGGCCUCGGAUACUGCAUCGUCUCGUUCGCCAUGCUGACCGGGACGCCCAUCGACGGAGCGCUCCUCGGGCAAGGCUCCGUGCUGCAGUGGCCCAAGCCCAUUGUAUUCAGCGCGGUCGUGAUGGUGGCCGGCGCUGGGUUCACGUGUAUAGGGAGACAUUUCCUCGUAAGGGUGAAGGGCUCGCAGUGGACGUAGACGGGCGGAGGCGAGAUAGCGUGGCAAUACGGACAGCACUGAUACAUCGUAGACGUCUAGAUCACCACUAUUACAGCUUGUCGUCUUGUACUAUACCAAUAAGUCAUAAUUUUACUUGUACAUAUAUCAAAGCAUGUCGAGGUGCACCUGGCAGAUGCUUAGUGCCC